GAAUUGUAGCGACAAGUUCAGUAGCCAGCCGGCGCUUAAGGAACGCGGACUGAUAAACUUUUAAGACUUGGCCUUCCGCCAAUCAUGUGAUAAGGAAAAUUAUGAAAUCGAUGUCCGAUAUCGUGUGAGAUGUAGUGUUUAGUAUUGAAAGAAAGGUGAGGGAAACUCGUCGAAAAUGGGAAAGUCGGAAUCAUGGAUUACACCUUUCAAGAAACAGUGUUUCGUCACUCUUGGAGUAUGUCUAAACAUGGCGGCCCAUGGUUUGGUCAUGGGAUUUGCAGCCAUCCUUCUACCACAACUGCGGUUGCCGGGGUCACUUAUACCAAUCGACGACUCCUCAGGAUCUUGGAUAGCUGCAAUCCUGGGAUUCGCUUUGGUAGUUGGUAACUUCAUAGUGCCAACAAUAAUGGCUAAGUUUGGGCGGCGUACUGCAAACUUGGCAAGUUUGGUGCCAAUGAUAAUAGGCUGGUUCCUUAUCAUAAUAGCAAAUAACAUCACUAUUCUUCUCGUCGCAAGAUUCCUUCAAGGCCUCGCGAUGGGUAUGAGCGCUUCCCUGGGGCCUGUUCUAAUAGGGGAGUAUACGAGUCCAAAGAACCGUGGAGCGUUCUUAACAGUUAUAUCCUUGACUAUAGCGACUGGAGUUCUUUUUGUCCACUCCCUUGGAUCGUACUUUUCGUGGCAAAAGACAGCUUUGAUCAUAGCAAUUUUAGUGUUCAUUGAUUUAUUGAUAGUCAUAUAUUCGCCUGAAUCACCGAGCUGGUUAGCCGAUCAAGGGAAGUAUGAUGAAUGCAGAAAAGUUUUUAAGUGGCUUCGAGGUGACGAGGAGAAUGAUGAAUUAGAAAAGAUGAUUGAUUCAAGCAAAAUUGUGAGAGAAGCCAAGGAACUUUCGAAUGUCUCGCAAUCCUUUUCAAAAACUGUAAGAAGUAAUUUAGCGUACGUAAACGUCACAAUUAGGAAGAAAGAAUUUUACAAACCCAUAAUCAUAAUGAUUCAUAUAUAUACCUUAGGACAAUGGGCCGGAGCUAAUAUUCUAGCGGCCUAUACGAUGGACAUCUUUUCUCAUGUCAUAGGCGAUGGCACUAACAUUUCUCUGAUGGUAAUCACGUUGGACACACAAAGAAUUAUUUCUAACUCCAUUGCUGUUUACGUAAUUAAGAAAGUCAAACGACGAACUAUGCUAUUGGCUACAGUUAGUAUAAAUCUGUUCGCUUUCUUGGCGACGGCUUGCUACACAUACUUUAAGAGUCAGAAUAUGUUACCUUUCGACCACCCGGCCAUUGGAAUAGCUCUGAUACACAUCCACAUGUUAUCGAUUGCAACAGGAACAGUGCCAUUGCCGUUCAUCAUUGCCGGAGAGCUCUUUCCGCUAGAGUAUCGAAGUCUCGCUGGAGGAUUGAGUGUCUUAUUCCUUUCUUCAAACUUGUUCAUAACGGUCAAAACGGUGCCAGUUUUAUUUAAAACCGUCGGCAUCCACGGUGCUUAUGUUUUAUACGCGGGUGUUGUGGGCUACUGCCUCGUCGUUGCAAUGCUAUUACUUCCUGAAACCAAAGAUAGGACAUUGCAAGAAAUCGAAGAAGAUUUUAGAGGAAAACCCUUAUCCCCAGAGGAAUUAAAGUCAACGCAGUCGUUGACGUCAAUGAGGUAUCUUAAUACAGAUAGACGGUGUAGUAGUCCUGUAGUAUAAAGUGUUAUAAUGAUAUAUCAGAUAAAUUUGUGAUCGUCGUUCCGUUGUGUUCGUCCAAUUUUAAGAUUUUCUAAUAGUAGAAACAUUUUAGACAAAAUUUUGUAACUUAGAUACUUUGAAGGAGGUAUUAUUAUAUAAGGUGAAGUGCUAUGAUAAGAUAUGGCUGUGACUAUAUACAAUAUGUUAAAUAAAUUAUCUUUAUCAUAUGUUUGAAUUUUCUAGGACACUUAAACGUAACGCCCACCCGGAAGAAUUUUUUCGUAAAGAUAAAUGUAACACAUAAGUAGGUAUGUGCAAUCGUUAGAAAUAAAGUGUCCGAACUGAAUAUAAAAAGUAUGCCUUUUGAGGUUAAAAAUGCCAUUUUACUUGUACUUGAUUAUGGUGGAAAAAUAAUAUAACGUUGUUUUUA